UUGUUGAGAUUGUGAAUUCUGUUCCCAAAAAACCAAACCUUUCGUCUCCUCUCCUCCGACUCCGAGUGCCAUCCAUGGCGGCGGCGGCCGCAACCUCCUUUGCCACCCUCGCCAUCGCGGCGGCGUCCUCCGGCCAGCGGGCCAUCCUCGCCUACAAAUCGCCCUCGCCGCUCCUCUCCCUCCGCGCCGGACGCCUCUCCUCUCCGGCCUUAUUCGCGCCUUCUCCCUCCGCUGCUCAGAGCCGUCCACGAUUCGUCACCUCAGCCAGCGCUGACCCCAAGGAAGCAGACCUUCAAUCUAAAAUAACAAACAAGGUGUACUUUGACAUAAGCAUCGGAAACCCUGUUGGGAGGAACGUUGGGAGGGUAGUUAUUGGGCUAUAUGGGGAUGAUGUUCCACAGACCGCAGAGAACUUCCGUGCUCUUUGCACUGGAGAAAAAGGGUUUGGCUACAAGGGGUCCAGUUUCCACCGUGUCAUCAAGGACUUCAUGAUUCAGGGUGGAGACUUUGACAAGGGCAACGGUACCGGAGGGAAAAGCAUAUAUGGCCGCACUUUUAAAGACGAGAACUUCAAAUUGGUUCAUACUGGACCUGGAGUGGUCAGCAUGGCCAAUGCUGGACCAAACACCAACGGCAGUCAGUUUUUCAUCUGCACUGUCAAGACACCUUGGUUGGAUGGGAGGCACGUCGUGUUUGGGCAGGUUGUUGAAGGCAUGGACAUCGUUAGGAUUAUCGAAUCGCAGGAGACUGACAGAGGGGACCGCCCGAAGAAGAAGGUGGUCAUCAGUGAGUGUGGUGAGCUUCCAGUGGUCUAAUAAGGUGUAACCGUCUUUUUUCCCUCAGAUGGACUCGCUUCCUUCCGUUUCACAGUAAGCUGUGAACUUUGUCGCCUGUUCUCAGUGUAGUCAGAGAUCAUGCUGAGUUGAGGCCAAGAUAAGAUUUCUAACCUGAGGUGAAUCCUCUGUUGUUCGGCUGAAAUAAAACGUGGCUGUUUUUUACCUUACUCUCCCGAGGUUCAGGGAAUGACUUUGUGGCUCAUGAAAGAUGAAGUACCUUAUGUGUUUCGCCUCCUGAAAAUGUCUUGUCUUUUCAUUGUUACUCAA